AUCACGAACCAACUUGAAAUCUGCCGAGCUCCACAGAUUCUGUUCUAUAUAAAUACUUGGCUCCACAGUUUUACGUAUUCUUUACCAUCGAUUACAUAUUUUUAAUCACAAAGUCUGAUCAAAAAAUUAUUCACAAAUAGUAUGGCUUCAAAACCGGUCCCCCGAAGAAGCGGGCGUCUUUUACAGGAAUCGAGUAAAACCAACGAUAUGGAAUUCUUACCAACUGAGUUACUCCUUAUCGUACUGAAGUUCGUUCCACGCAAAGAACUCGUAAAAUGUCGCCACGUCUGCCGAAAUUGGAACACCGUGAUCACCAUCUUGUUAAAAUCGCACCUUCCCGAGGUCAAAAUUGGAAUUGGGUACACGGAGGCGGAAGCCAAAAUAGAAAAACACAACCUUAAACAACUUCGAAAAACUUUGGAUUCCCAAAAAUCGGCCGAGAAUUUUCCCUUUUCGAAAUUCUUCUUCGGCCGACUCCUCGAUUACGCUGAAGUAGAAAAAUUAUGGCAACACCAUGGCGCAAUAAUGGAACACGUGACAAUCGAUUGUCACAAUAACCCUGAAUUUAUCGAAGUGGAUCCCGAAUUCGAAACGGAUCAAUUACUUUCAUUUUUCAAAUAUUGUGGCGCCACGCUUACCACGUUACGGAUCAAUUUACCCAGAACUGUAAUCGAAUCGGAUGAGUUAUUCCCCAAAAAUUCCAAGAAAAAUCAACCCCAUUCAUUCCCAAAAUUACAGAAGCUUUCCAUUAUGAGCAAACUAAUGCACAAUUUCUGUGAAAUGUCCUACACCCAAAUUGAACUCGGCUUUUGGAAACAUUUUCUCUCAACUUGCCCCCAACUGAAAGAAUUAACGCUUGACUUUGACCUCGACCCAGAGCAGAUGACCUCCAUGCUGCCAAUGUUUACCGCGAUUAAGGGCACAGUUGCGAAUAGUUUGACCCUGUUGAAAAUAAACUGUCAAUUGAGCAAUGAAGAACUUCAAUCCUUAGCCAAACUCGGAAACCAACUUAAUCUUGAAGCCUUUCACUUAACCCGGUUUCACUGCACCGCUAAAGCAAACAAACUUCAAGCAUUUUUGAAAACCCAAAGUUCCACUUUGAAGAAGCUAAAAUUGAUCUACGAUUGUUAUUAUGUGGCAGAUGAAAUCGAGUUUGAAUCACUUGACCCGCCGGAUUUUGGGGAUUGCAAAUUACCAGAAAUGACGAAACUGGAAAAGUUGACCAUUUCGGGGACAAGUGAUGGUCCAUUUCGUCAUCUGCGUGCUCCAAAAUUGCGAGUUUACAAUAUAUUCGUGAUGGAUGUAGCGACGAAGGAUGAGAUCGAAGGGAUGCUAAACUUUGUGCUGCCAUUAAACAAAGAAGGACGUCCGCAAGAUCGGGGGCACAAAUUAGAAGUUAACAUUUACAACCUGCCGAGAGGUUUGUCUGACAGCGAUGCGGAGGCAAGAGUUGCUAUGUGUUUUCCGGAAGCGACAUUUUUUACAGGAUCAAAAAGAUUAGGAGACAACUAUUACUACGGGUUUGAGUAAUUUGUUUCAAUGUGCAAAAUAUUGUCGAUUACAGUGAGGGUUUCACUGUGAAGAUGAAAUUCUUGUAUCGAAUUUCCUUAGGCAGGAAAAUAGUUUAUUAUUCAAACAUUGUGUAUACAUAUUUAAAUAUUUCCUGAUAUCUUUAGUCCAAAAUUAAACAACCAACAAAGUAACUUAGAUAAGUACUUAUUUACAAUAGGUAUUACAAUGACGCAUUACUGUCGACUGUGCAUAAUUGAGUGACACAUACAUACGUGAAUAUGUCUCUUCCGAUGUAAAUAAAUAAAUGAAAACUGGUCAGGUAAUCCAACCACGUAGAUUUUUCCUUAUAUUACAUUUCUUGUAUUAUAUAUUUAUGAAAUUACAUGCCUACAUAUUUUAAGUGGCUUCGAGAAAUUGGGUAAAAUCAUAUUCGUUAAAACGUAAUUAGUGAAACAAUAAUACACAUGUACAUACGUAGUGUAUUUAUUAUAUUUUACUUACUUUAAUUAAUUGCCACCAUUAUAUCUAGUUGACUACG